CUGAAUGCCUGCUGGCCGCGCUCGGCCCCGGGGCCCCGCUGGGCCAGUCCGGAGCCGGGCCAGCCCGGAGCCCCGCUCGGCCGCCAGCCCGCGCCGCCCCAGUUGAUCCGGGAUGCCGCCCAGCGCCGCGGGCUACCUGCUGGCCGCGGCCGCCUUCUGCGGCUUGCCCCGCGCCCAGCCGGUGUCUUCUUCCGACCAGUCAGCAGGUGUGGUGCCCUUUGAGGAAGUGUGGCGACGCAGCUACUGCCGGGCCCGGGAGACCCUGGUGGACGUCCUGCAGGAGUUCCCCCACGAAGCGGAGCACAUUUUCAAGCCCCCGUGCGUCCCCGUCUGGCGAUGUGCCGGGUGCUGCGGGGAUGAGAGCCUGGAGUGUGUUGCCUUGGAGACCCGCACAGUCGAACUGCAGGUGGUGCGGGUGAGUCCCAUCCUGGGCACUACUCGGCAGGAAGAGCUGAAGUUCACGGAGCAUACGCGGUGUGUUUGCAGGCCUCGACGAAAACGUUUGAAAAGUGAGAGGAGCCACCGGAUAGGGGCCAAGAGGAGACCUCGGGAGCCGAGCUCUACGUCUUCCACCCCACUCUGCAAACUCCCUGUUGUGGGGAGGAAAGAUGCUCCGGACGGAGACCAGGAGGAAGGGCUGGCAGAAACCCAGACUGUGCCUCAGCCGAGAAGAGCCACUUUCCCUUGAAGGUGGAACCCAUGUGGCUGGAAGGGGCCACGUGAAAAACUGGCCCUGGAGGCCUGUGAAUUGCCGCUCACCUUCACAGCCCUGCCUGUGGAUUGUCCAUGGGUGGCCGCUUGACACUGGGGGUGGGGGACACAUGUCCUCCAUAGGGGGGUAUGAGUGGAAGCCAAGCAGUAUUGGUCACUCACCAGUCCCCAAGUUUCUAUGGCAUAUAUAGGAAUUUGUUUCUUCUGAUGAUAAUGAUGACGACCCAAGGAGGGGUUCAAUUUAUGCACUAAAAAGGCCCUUUGCAAAGCAUUCCUGUCCUGUCCCAAGAGUGCCUCUUUGCCUUUUAUUUAUAAUGCAUCACCCUUAUGUCUAACACACACUGCUGUUCUAUGAAUGAGUGUUUGUGUGUGUGUGUGUGUGAGUGUGUGAGAAAGAGAGACGGAGACAGAGUGUGUGAGUAUGUUCACACAAGGGGCACAGCUUUAGCUUUAAAUGGCUUUUAACAUAAUAGUACCUGUAAUCUUUCUUACAUAUUAUAUUUUAAAAAUUGUGUUUUAUAUGCCUUGCCAUCAGGGAAACUGGGAAAAUCGAAUGAUUCGUUUUUAAAAUAGAAGACAAUGUAACUUAGGCCUGUCUGGAAGCCAAACAGUUCUGCUCUGGUUAAAACAACAACACGGCAUUUCAACUGGGGAAUCCUAUAGACGAAAAGUACUAGGAAAACACAAGUAUGGCCAAGGCAUCCGUCGUGAUUGCUCCAACAAUGGACACAAGCUACUUUGAAAGACGUGUACCCCAAGUUGAGUAAACUGUGGAUCCAUGUGUUUUAUGUGUACAUUGUGGGUGGCUGAGAACAGCUUCACAACAAAAAGA